AGAGUGGUGUCAGCGUCUUGUCUUGGCAGCAGCGGCGAGUAGUGCGUGUCACCCGCGGUGUGUGCGUUGUCUGGCAAGCCCGGACAGAUCACCCACACACCUCCCGCUAAGAAGCCAAGCUGGGACCCUUCCUGGGAGCCUAGGGGGGGUGUUGGGGGGGCAGUACGCGGAAGCCUCUAGGACCCGGCGGAGGCCGGCCGCUGUCCCCGGGCCGCGCGAAUGAGCAUGUGCAGACCGGGCGCCCGCUCGCCCGCUCCGCGCCCGCCACUCGCUGUACUCCGCGCCCGCUGCUCAGCUCGGCGCCUGCCCGCUCCGCCACUGCUCAGCGCGGAAGUCCGCAGCCUCCAGGAGCUGCGCGACACGGGCCUGGGAGCACGGGUGCGCUUGCCACGGACGCCGGGGACGUGAGGGAGUCUGAGCUUUGGACACUGCGGGGCUGCGGGCUUGGCGCCCCGGAAGGCGGGUGCCCCAGCCGGCUGUGAUCGUGGGGUUCCUGAGAUAGAUGGGGGCCAGGAGAGCUAAGGGAUGGGGGAAAUGGUGACCCCUGGGCAGAAGCUACCAACAAGGGACUUGUGGCUGCUGGAGAGACGUGAUGGUGACAUUUGAAACCCACAAGGACAGAAGCCCACAAGUGUGCUGACGGGUGUCAAGAGUCAAGAUGCUGGGAUGAUGCCCUUGGAGGCCCUGGCGUCCCUCCUGCCCAGGUGCUAGGAGCCGUCCCCAGGCUCCAGCUGGGAGCCCUGCUGCCCAGGGGCAUGGCCAAACCUUUCUUCAGACUCCAGAAGUUUCUCCGCAGAACACAGUUCCUGCUACUCUUCCUCACGGCCGCCUACCUGAUGACCGGCAGCCUGCUGCUUCUGCAGCGGGCCAGAGUGGCCCUCCCACAAGCCCUCCGGGGUCCCAGCAGCCUGCAGGCCUUACCAGUGGCCACCGUGGCACUGGGUGUGGGUCUGCUGGACGGCAGGAGCCUUCGUGAUCCCCACAGUAGCCCUGACCUACUACUUGAUGUGGACACACUAAGGAGUCCUCUAGCCCGACUGCCACCUGGAAUCCGCUGGCCCCGGAGGAACCGCAGCUCACUGCGGCGGCGUUGGCUCAACCACCUCACCAGUGACCCGCAGGGGCCACCCACCCUGGGUCCGGAGGCCUCUGGACCAGCCAACCAUAACCAAGGCAAUUACCUGGGAUGCUUCAGUGAGGAGGGCCCGGAGAGAACCCUGAAGGGGGCAGUGUUUUACGACUUGAGAAAGAUGACCGUGUCGCACUGUCAGGAUGCCUGUGCUGAGCGGUCCUAUAUCUAUGCUGGCUUGGAGGCUGGUGCAGAGUGCUACUGUGGGAACAGGCUGCCGGCCACACGUGUCAGCCUAAAGGAGUGCAAUCAGGAGUGCAAGGGGGAGAAAGGCUCCAUGUGCGGGGCUGUUCACCGGCUCUCCGUGUACAGCGUGGGGCUGCAGCAGCCAGGCUCCAAGAAGCGGCGCACUGCCACCUACCGAGGGUGCUUUCCACUGCCGGAGAACGUCACCCACACCUUCUCCUCCUCCAUGACACAGGCCAACAUGACCGUGGAGACAUGUUCUGGAUUUUGUUCCCAGAAAGAGUUCCCUCUGGCCAUCCUCCGGCGCUGGGAUUGCUACUGCGCUUACCCUACCCCCCAGUUCAGCCUGCGGGAUGCUGUGGAUGGAGCACUGUGCAGCCAGGCCCCAGAGGCACAAGGGCUACCUGGCUACUGUGAGGUCUACCAGACACCUGUGCAAGACACCCGGUGCACAGACAGGAAGUUCCUGCCCAACAAGUCGAAGGUGUUUGUGGCUCUGUCAAGCUUCCCGGGAGCUGGGAACACAUGGGCAAGGCACCUGAUCGAGCACGCCACUGGCUUCUACACAGGAAGCUACUACUUCGAUGGAACCCUGUACAACAAGGGGUUCAAGGGUGAGAAGGACCAUUGGCGGAGCCGGCGCACCAUCUGUGUGAAGACGCACGAGAGUGGCCGGAGGGAGAUUGAGAUGUUUGACUCUGCCAUCCUGCUGAUCCGGAACCCCUACCGGUCCCUUGUUGCGGAAUUCAACAGGAAAUGCGCUGGACACUUGGGCUAUGCCCCUGACCGCAAUUGGAAGAGCAAAGAAUGGCCGGACUUUGUGAAUAGCUAUGCCUCCUGGUGGUCCUCACAUGUCUUAGACUGGCUCAAGUAUGGGAAGCGGCUGUUGGUUGUACACUAUGAGGAGCUGCGGCAUAGCCUGGUGCCCACACUUCGGGAAAUGGUGGCCUUCCUCAAUGUGUCCGUGAGCGAGGAGCGGCUUCUCUGUGUCGAGAACAACAAAGAGGGCAGCUUCAGGCGGCGUGGCCGGCGCCCUCAGGACCAGGAGCCCUUCACCCCUGAGAUGAAGGACUUGAUCAAUGGCUAUAUCAGGACAGUGGACCAGGCCUUGCGUGACCACAACUGGGCUGGGCUGCCUAAGGAAUAUGUGCCCAGAUGAUAGGCCCACCGUGAUUUCCUGCUCCUGCUGAGAUGCAGUUACACUAAUGGGCUGAACGCUGCUCUAGUGCAUUGAUCCAUGGACCCCUGGGAUGCACGGGGGCUGGCACACAGUCACAGGAUGUUCUUGAAGGUGCUUCUUUGUGGGCAAGGGGUCCUGGGCAGCACAAGGCUUCCUCAGAGAAAUGUGCAUUGCUGGACACUUACGCAUCCUCAGAUACACUUAGACAUCACCCCAUUCUCACAGUGACCAUUUUAAUGUGCCUAAGCCCCUUGAGUGGGGUGGGUCAGACACUCCCCAGCUUUGUUCACACAGACAGAAAUGGACACACACACACACACAUACACACACACUUUCCAGGGACUGGCUAUCUGCCUCACACCCAUGUACCCACACUCCAGACUUUGGGAGGCCUUGGGUUUCCUGGGUUCAGUUGGGCACAAACUGGCUUUUGAGGGUCUUUGGCUCUGGAAUAUUGGGCUGGGGAGGCACCGUUGAUCUGAGUAGUGCACUGGGGGCUGGAGGUGCGCACUAGUGGGAAUGGAGGUGCACAGACAGACUGUUGCUGAUGGGUACCGUAUGACCCUGGCUGCUUGUCUGACAUCCCAUAAAUGUGUGUGCUGUGACAUCCUGGCACUGCAAACA